AGUGUCGAGCCUGGUGAAUGGGUCAACGUUCGUGUUGCAAAAAAAGGGCAUCGUGCGCGCCAAGCGAAGAGAGUAUCCAAUCUUCUGAUACCUAUCUGCAUAGAGUGAGUUAAUGUUGCCUACCCUUGAACUUCAUAUGGCGGAGAAGUAGAGAGCUCUGUUAUCUUUGCCUGCCCACAUCUAUCAGAUUGAGAAGGACUGAAGCAACAAUACUGGUAUCUGCAAGAGUGGGAGGAAAACACACAGACUCCAGACAGAAGACAACCUCAAAGAUGCCUGAGUACUUCCUAUUUAACAGACAUCGUGUGGUGGGCAGGCACGAUUGCAAUGGCUGUUGGCCAGAUUGGAAACUUCCUGGCUUACACGGCGGUCCCCACAGUCCUGGUGACUCCACUGGGUGCCCUUGGAGUGCCAUUUGGGUCCAUUUUAGCUUCUUAUCUUCUGAAGGAAAAGCUCAACAUCUUGGGCAAGUUGGGAUGUCUGCUAAGCUGUGCAGGUUCUGUUGUACUGAUUAUCCACUCCCCGAAAUCUGAGAGUGUGACCACUCAGGCUGAGCUGGAAGAGAAGCUGACUAACCCAGUGUUUGUGGGCUAUUUGUGUAUCGUGCUCCUUAUGCUGCUACUGCUCAUCUUUUGGAUUGCACCAGCCCAUGGGCCUACUAACAUCAUGGUCUACAUCAGUAUCUGCUCUUUGCUGGGGAGUUUCACCGUGCCUUCCACCAAGGGCAUCGGGCUGGCAGCCCAAGACAUCUUCCACAACAACCCAUCCAGUCAAAGGGCCCUCUGCCUGUGCCUGGUGCUCCUGGCCGUGCUUGGCUGCAGCAUCAUCGUCCAGUUCAGGUACAUCAACAAGGCACUUGAGUGCUUCGACUCCUCUGUGUUUGGGGCCAUCUAUUACGUCGUGUUCACCACUCUCGUCCUGUUAGCCUCGGCCAUCCUCUUUCGGGAAUGGAGCAAUGUGGGCCUGGUGGACUUCUUGGGUAUGGCCUGUGGGUUUACCACCGUCUCUGUUGGGAUUGUCCUUAUACAGGUGUUCAAAGAGUUCAAUUUCAACCUUGGGGAGAUGAACAAAUCUAAUAUGAAAACAGACUAGGAUGCAACAGGGGUUUGGGUGGCUCCAGGAAUAGGAAUGGAUGUGGUUUCUGGUCCUAAUAUGAUGUGAAGUAAAAGAGACCCUAACCCUAAUCACUGGUAUUAAAGUUGCUUGCAUAAUAAUGGGUGGUCUGGUGGACAGUCGGGAGCAUUGCUCAGCAUCUGAGUGGGGGCCCAGCCCUCUGCAGUCUAAAGUUGCUAAAUGGUUGUCUGGGCUUCAUCUCUCUCUGAUGAGAAGAACCUCAUGUUCAUUGUUCAAUCUCAUUACCUGGAAGCUUUCAUGAAUACUAUUUCCUUUAAAAAUAUUUUAACAUUAUUUAACAGAAAAUAAAGAUGGGCUUUUUCUGGUUAGUCUUUGCAGGGGAGCAGAUAUUGUUACUUAGAAGAUUACUUUGGAAAUGGGAGAAAUUGUUGUCUUGUAGUCUGACUAUACAGUAAAUGUAUCUGUAGUUGUGUUAUUUUGCAUUAAGCAUGUAUAACAUUCAGGUACCUCAUUCAAAUAAGUAUAUACAUUUAAUUGUUUUUAAUCCUCUAAUGAGCUGACUCUCCCACCUCCUACUCCAAGAUGUUUUAAUUGAAAAUAGAGAGAGAAUGAGUGGACAUGAUGUAGAGUUCCAUUUAUAGGAUGACUUUCAAUAGCUCAAAUCAAUUUCAGUGCCUUUAUCACUUGAACUCUUCACUUAAUUUGACUAUGACUAUGUGUAUGUUCUCUUAGAAUAACUCUGAUUAUACUUUAAUAUUUUACUAUUCAAAAUAUUAAUGUAUAGAGCAGUUAGAAGUAACAGUAUAUUCAUUUGUUGGAAGAAAGUCAUGGCGAAAGACAUGAAGAGCAAACUGACCCUUUUAGCAUGUAGUUAUUAUUCAGUUACAGACAAUUAACUUAAGUAGCAUAAGGCAUUUUAUUUGUAUUCAAUCUAUGUAACUGGGACCCAGUAUCAAAUAUAUCCACAUUCUCUUUCAGUGACUGUUGUGGCCAUUUUAAAGAAAUAAAUUAUUUAAUUUGAUAACAAGGUUGUUAGAUGAAAGAGUAACUAUUCAAUAGCAAAUAUAUCAAGUUCCGUAUAAUAUAGGAACAGAUUAAAGGACACAGUUAAGCUCAAGCAAGUUUCUGAAAAUUGAAACUUACAUAGUAAGUUUUCAAAAGAAUUUCUAGCAAAAAUGAAAACAAUUAAUUUAACCAUCUCCCUGUUGUUUGAGAUGGCAGAGCACCAUACAAUUCUUCACCCAACCUCUCAUUAAGCUUCUGAAAUGCAAAAUAGCCACUACUUAUACCAAUAUUUGGAUCAAAAGGAUCAUUUGCUUAUAGUAAGCUCCUAUGUAUAUUAAAUGGGAGCAAAGCACAAAGUGAUGCAAAUUAUUUCACCAGAUAUCAUGUACUUCAUGUGCAAUGUUUCAUCUAAAUAGGAAACUGUGCCAAGUUGGAAAAUGGGAUUGGGUAAGGCAGAAUUAGUGAACUAGAAUACUACAUUUAAUAAUACCCAAUUAAAGUUACUCACUAAGGGAAAAAUAUUUUUUUCAGGCAAAAAGGACAUUUCUGAAGACUAAAGAAAUUGUACCCUGAAGUAUUGAACAAAGAGGCUAAAUAAAAUGAAGAUAGUUUAACAGUGAAGAACGCCUUUAUGAAUUAAAAGUA